UGUGUGGUGUGAAACAAGUCCUGGCCAAGUGUGAAGUUUUCUCAAGGAAUAUUGGCAUCUUCCCCUGAAUAUCCAGCACGUGCGUAAAUAGGAAGCUCUUGUCUCACGAAAACGAAAUGGAAAAUCUUUUUCACGAGUUGGUAAUUUCCACUGUUCAGAUCAGAGAACUUAAAACCCUCGCACGAGAAAAGACGAAUAUUAGGGUUCUCCUCUUGCCUUCUCUGCCACCUCCUCGUUCCCCCCUUGCGGAAGUUUAGAAUAAUCUAAUGACCAGUUCCUGGUUUCCCCCGAUACUGUGUUCUUGAUUUCUUUCCACUCACCCGGUGACAUAAACAUCGCCUGCUGUCUAAUUUCACUCACACCCAGCUGAGCUCAGCUGCUUUUCUCUGUGUGUGUGUGUGUGAGAGAGAGAGAGAGAGAGAGAAGGGAAGGGAAGAGAGACUGCGGCAAUGAACAUGGAGGCUAGAGUCGGCGUCGUGAACUCCGCUACCCACGGAGGGGUUGUAGAUAGUGGGCACCGGAAGUUCUUGCAGCCGCAGCAGCACAAGCCGCCGCCAGCUGCUCUGACCCAGAUUGGGACGGCGCAGCAGCUUUUAGCCGGCGGUAUCGCCGGUGCUUUCAGCAAGACCUGCACCGCUCCUCUCGCUCGCCUCACCAUUCUCUUUCAGGUCCAAGGAAUGCACACUGACGUCUCACUUUUAACCAAGGCCAGCAUAUGGCACGAGGCUUCACGCAUUGUCAAUGAGGAGGGAUUCAGAGCCUUUUGGAAAGGCAAUAUGGUCACAAUUGUCCAUCGGCUUCCUUAUUCGUCUGUCAACUUCUAUGCUUAUGAGCAUUACAAGAGGUUCUUGCAUUCGGUAGUCGGAAACAGUCAACAGGGGAGUGCGAGCUCAGAUCUCUUUGUGCAUUUUGUAGGUGGAGGAUUGGCUGGAAUAACAGCUGCCUCUGCCACUUAUCCUCUAGAUCUUGUUCGGACCCGCCUUGCUGCAACGAGAAAUGCAGUAUACUAUAGAGGAAUUUUUCACGCUUUGCAUACAAUUUGCAAAGAAGAAGGCUUUUUCGGUUUAUAUAAAGGACUUGGAGCGACAUUAUUGGGAGUUGGUCCCAGCAUAGCAAUAAGUUUCUCAGUUUAUGAAAGCUUGAGAUCUUUUUGGCAGUCCCAAAGGCCAAAUGAUUCAGCUGUGAUGGUAAGUCUUGCCUGUGGCAGUCUCUCAGGCAUUGCAUCUUCAACUGCAACCUUCCCUAUCGAUCUUGUGAGGCGAAGAAUGCAGUUGGAAGGAGCGGGUGGCAGAGCUCGUGUUUACAACACUGGCUUGUUCGGGACAUUCGGGCAUAUUAUCCGAACAGAAGGCUUAUGGGGCUUGUACAGAGGGAUACUUCCCGAGUACUACAAGGUAGUCCCGGGUGUAGGGAUCGUAUUCAUGACUUACGAGACACUUAAGAUGCUGCUGUCCUGAAUUUCCACCGAUUGUUAGCUUCCGUUGCAGAUAAUUGUUCCCAUCGAACUCUGUAGGCGGGUAGGCUUAAAUGAGAAGGAAAGAUAGAGUAGGGAUGUUUGAGAUAGUGCAUGGGUAGAAGUGAAAAAGAGGAUGUACUGGAGUUAUUUUUGUUAAGAGUCUGGCAGUAAAUUUUCCCGUUGCUGCCACCUAAUUUACCAGGCCAAAGUUUUUGUGUGUAUAAGUUGUUAGCACUGGAACCGUUAUUGUGUUGAGUUUCUUGCAGCGGCAUAUUAUCAAUCCUAUCCCUCGAACGAUUCUUAAAA